AAAAAGAUAAAUUAAUUACUGAAUUUAAAAAAUCAAUAGAUAACUUGUGUCUAUCAAUGAAAAAAAAUAUUGAUGAAAAAAAUUUAAAAAAAAUUUUCGCUAGUUUGCAAGGAUAUCUUGAAGAAAAAAAAAUAUCUUUCUUCAAAUUAGUUGAUGAUAAUUUAAACAAUUCAUUAAUUGAUAUUAAUCACCUUUUCAAUGAUGACAUGGAUGAUAACAUGGUUGUCAGAACUUCUGACACUAGACAUGAUACCAUGGUUUUGUACGUAGCCAAUUUAAGUGAUCUAAACAGCUCAGUAUCUAUUGACAAUGAUGAAAUCAACAAAGAUGAGCAAUCAUUUGUUAAUGACAAACGUACAUAUUCAAUCCAUGAGGAUUCUUUCGAUUUAGAAAUUACUACAAAACAUGUAACGUUUGACAACACAAUGUUAGUGUACAAUUAUGAUGAAGAAGAAAAUACAUCAGAAGGUUCAACAAUUCCAGAUGAAGAGAUUAUACAACCAUAUGAAGAUUUAUUUAUGGCUGUUAUGACAGCAACUGAUCCAAUUGAUAAUAAUCGUCCAUUACAUAUUGUAUUUCAAUUAAAACCAUCUAAGAAAUUGUAUCCAGAAUAUUAUGAAGUCAUUGAAACACCAAUUGAUCUUAAAACAAUUGCACGUAAAAUACAAGAUGGUAGUUAUAAUUAUUUAAAUGAAAUGGAACGUGAUUUAAUGCUAAUGUGUCGUAAUGCAUGUGAUUUCAAUGAGCCUGGUUCACAAAUAUAUAAAGAUGCUAAAUUAUUAAAAAAAAUUAUAACAACAGCAGCUAAAAAACGAAAUUGUGAAAGUGGUGCAUUUACUAAAUCAUUAAAUGUUGCACAAUCAACAAGAAGUAAAUGUGGACGUAGUGCACAAUUAUUAAUAGCACAAACAUCAACAUUAUCAGAUGAAGAUGAAGAAAGUGAUGAUGAAGAUUAUGACACUGCUGAAAAUAAUAAUUUACAAUGGCAAUUAUUUGAAUCAAUAAAAACAACACCAGAUGAUCAAGGUAUUAGAAUGAGUGAAUUUUUUUGGAAACUACCAUCUAAAAAAAAAUAUCCAAAUUAUUAUAAAACAAUUAAAAAUCCAAUAUCUUUAUUACAAAUAAGAUCAAAUAUUAAAAAUGGUAAAUAUGGCACUAUUGAUGAAGUUGCUGGUGAUAUGUACAAUAUGUUUGAAAAUGCUAAAAAAUAUAAUUUACAUACAUCAAGAUUAUACAAGUAUGCAAUUGAAUUACAAAAAAUAAUGCAAGAAAAAGUACAAGAAUUAUUAGAAAAUAUCAAAUGAUGAUGAAGAAGAAGAAUAUAAAUUGUAAGUACAAUAAAUAAAAUAUUAUUGCUUGGUAAGCAAACUAUUUUUAAAAAAAAAAUUAAUUUAAUAGAGGCAGGAUCCUCAAAGUAAUUUAAAAAAUAUUUUUAUAUAAAAAAAAACUUUAGAAUAUUUAUUUAAUAUGUAUUUAAUAAUCAUUAAGAGAAUUUAAUUGUUAUAAUAUUUAAUUAGAAACAUCUGAUUUUAUCGACAUAAAAAAUAAAGAAAAAAACCAAGAUGACUAAUAAAUUUUAAAAAAAAUAA